CGCCCCGUGGGCCGCUCCCUCGCUUCCUUCCCCACAACCCUUUCGCUUUCUCCCAGCAGCGAGGUCGGCGGAGGAAGCAGCGGCAGCAGCAGCAGCAGACGCAGAAAUGGAAGCGCUUCCCUCGUGGGCUCCUGCUGUUGCUUUCACACUCUUGCCAAACGCCGGGAGCAUUUGGGGAGGUAGGAUUGUCAAGAAAGAACUGCCCACGUGGUAUGAAUCACUGGAGAAGCCAUCUUGGCGCCCCCCCAACUGGGUUUUCCCACCUGUCUGGGGAGCAUUAUAUUCGUCAAUGGGAUAUGGCUCUUACCUCGUGUGGAGGGAAUUAGGAGGCUUCAACGAAAAAUCCCUGGUUCCCCUUGGGCUGUACGCAGGAAACCUGGCAUUAAAUUGGUCAUGGGUCCCCAUAUUCUUCGGAAAGCACCAAACAGGCUGGGGGCUGGUGACUAUAUUGCUCACCACAGGAGCAGCAACAGCUACAACUACUGUCUGGUACCAUGUCAACAAAACAGCAGCGUAUUUGAUGUACCCUUAUUUAGCCUGGCUAACUUUUGCCUCUGUGCUGAACUAUCGUAUCUGGAAAGACAAUCGCAAUAAGAAACACCUGUAACACACAUUUUUCCAGGGCUUUUUUUUUU